CCCCUGUAGUGUCUUGCUCUAGUGGCCGCUCUGGGGCUAGGGCAGGGGAGGGGUCGCAGGCGAUGGUCCCCUCGCUGCGUUACCUGGGCAGUGCCUACGGACUGGCCCGUGGGAGUUUCCCCGGGGGCUUCUCCGCGGCGUGCGGGCCCGCGCUGGGGAGGCCCCGGCCGCUGUGCCAGGGUGGCCGCAAAGCCAGCACUAGCUCAUUUGAUGUAGUCAUCAUCGGUGGUGGAAUUGUGGGGCUUGCCUCUGCCAGAGCCCUCAUCCUGAGACAUCCAGCACUUUCCAUUGGUGUUCUGGAAAAAGAGAAAGAUUUAGCUAUUCAUCAGACUGGACAUAACAGUGGUGUCAUACAUAGUGGAAUUUAUUAUAAACCUGAAUCUCUGAAAGCUAAAUUAUGUGUGCAAGGCGCAGCCCUCAUCUAUGAGUACUGUAACCAAAAGGGAAUUUCUUACAAGCAAUGUGGCAAGCUUAUAGUAGCUGUUGAACAAGAAGAAAUUCCCAGGCUUAAAGCCCUAUAUGAGAGAGGCCUGCAGAAUGGUGUCCAGGGGCUGAAGCUGAUCCAGCAAGAGGAUAUAAAAAAGAAGGAGCCAUAUUGUAGGGGUCUAAUGGCUAUUGAUUGCCCAUAUACCGGCAUUGUAGACUACCGUCAGGUGGCUUUGUCAUUUGCCCAGGAUUUCCAAGAAGCAGGUGGCUCUGUCUUGACCAAUUUUGAAGUAAAAGAUAUUGAAAUGGCUAGAGAAAGUCCUUCAAGCAGUGAAGAUGGGAUGAAAUAUCCAAUUGUUAUAAGGAAUACAAAGGGAGAGGAAGUUCAAUGUCAGUAUGUUGUGACAUGCGCAGGACUUUAUUCAGACCGUAUUUCUGAGUUGAGUGGCUGCAAUCCCGAUCCACAGAUUGUACCAUUCCGGGGAGAUUACCUGCUCUUGAAGCCAGAAAAAUGCUAUCUUGUGAAAGGAAAUAUUUACCCGGUCCCAGAUAGCCGGUUUCCUUUCCUAGGAGUUCACUUCACGCCAAGGAUGGAUGGCAGUAUUUGGCUAGGGCCUAAUGCAGUUCUUGCCUUUAAACGAGAGGGCUAUAAACCCUUUGACUUCAGUGCCAGAGAUAUUACGGAUAUAAUCACCAAGAGUGGCUUGAUUAAACUGGUGUUCCAGAAUUUCUCCUAUGGAGUCAAUGAAAUGUAUAGAGCCUGUUUCCUUAGUGCGACAGUGAAGCACCUUCAAAAGUUUAUCCCUGAAAUUACCGUCGAUGAUAUACUUAGAGGUCCAGCUGGAGUAAGAGCCCAAGCUCUGGAUCGAGAUGGAAAUCUGGUAGAAGAUUUUGUAUUUGAUGGAGGAGUUGGGGUUAUUGGAAAUCGCAUUCUUCAUGUGAGAAAUGCACCUUCCCCUGCUGCUACUUCUUCCCUUGCAAUUUCUGGAAUGAUUGCAGAUGAAGUGCAACAAAGAUUUAAAUUGUAAAUAAUGAAAGGGCUAGCUAUGCAUUUUAAUCUCCACAUUCAGCAACAUCCACAAGAGUGUACUAAUUGCAUUCUUUAAUUUAAGAAACAUGGUUUGAAAAUAGCGUUUUUUUAGAUAUCUCAUGUAAUAACCAUUGAAUUGUUAAGCUUAUGUAAAAUAGAAAUAAUUGGUUAAAAUCCAUGCUCUUUUACUUUGUGAAUAAAGAGAAAAGAUACAGUUGUAUCUGUCCUGAAUCCCUGUCUUUGUUAGUGACCUGUCCUCACCAACCAUAAUCUAGAGAUUUUGCUCUUUUAGAAUUUUGGAGAACGAUGGCAUAAAAAAUUGCCUAUUCCCUUAACUUUUUGACUGUAUAAUAUCUAAACUUUUUGUCUCCUGAAGACAAGAAAGUAUAUUGUAGGUUGCAGACCUUUUAAUUUUGAAGUCUUAGAAAAGCCCCCAUUUAAAGCAACAAUAUUUGUAUUUGGGAAUUAUUGAUUUUUGAAAAAUAUGUGAAAUUUCACAUUUUUAAAGUAUUAACUUGAGUAAGGUUCUACUGAGCUGAAUAUUUGCAGAGAAAUUCAAAGGCUUUUGUAUUCCCAUUCUCUUUAUAACCGACUUGGUGUGGUGUCAUCACCAAAAGAGAACAGCAGUACACUAUAGAUGGUUGUUGCCAACUCGUCAAUUUUCUGUGGUUGAGAAACUAAAAGGACAUAGAACUGAUAGGUUUUUACGAGAGCAAUUUUAGAAUCCUGGCGCUGAUACACAGAACUCUGUAAUUUAAAAAAUCAUUUACCUCUUAUAUCUCUGCUCUUUAGUUACACCAAGUUUCUCAGAUGUUAGCCAAGAUCACUAAUGAUUCAUGCUGACUUGGUUUUCCAGGGAUCCUAUAAACUUUUAUGAGGAUAUUUCUUCAUUUUUGGAAAAUACCUAACUCUGAGGCAUUCACUUUUGUAAACCGCAGAAGUGCCUUACAUUCAUGUGUACUUCAUGGGUAUUUUAAAUUAUUGGCCAGUGCCAUACUGUAUAUUAUAUGCUGUAUAUAUGUGUGUGGUAUCUGUUAAAAUGAUUCUUGCAAUCCAGAAAGUUGGAAAAUAGAAAUAUAAAUGAAAAUAAGGCAGCCUAGAGAUUGGGAAAACUUUUAUUACAGAACCAUCAUUUAGGUGAGAUGUUUUCUUCCAUUCCCUUACAUGUACUCUCUCAGGAAUAAUCAUGCUCUCUUUGUCUUUUUCUUUCUUUUUAUCACUCCAAAGAUGUGUGAUAAAUGAGUUAGAAGUUACAUGCAGUUUGGCUGUUAGAAAAAGCUUUUCUCUUUUUUCCUUUUCACUUCAAGUGUUUGUGAUUACAUUGAUUGAACUACCUCAUCCAUUAAUUUGAAAGGCUACACAUCAUCCACUCAUGUUCAAGAAGUAGCACAUCCCAGGUAAAUAGACUAGGCAAUUACUCAAAACUUGUAAUGAGCAUAUUUAAAGCAUUUGGAAACCAUUCACAGAAGAAACAGGCCCUAAUGGUUCUUCGUAACAACUGAUUCCUCUAAGAAAUGUGACACACAGGCUAUUUUUCUGUUGCAUUAUAAAACUGUUAAGAAAUGGAAAAUAUUACAAUUCUCUAUUUCAUCAACGGUAAGAUUGCAUAUGCACUAAGCUGUGAAAGACUGAAAUUACAAAAAUAACUGUCCUAAUUAAAGCAAUCCUUAUUCUAUGUGGGUAUAUGCUAUACCACCCAAAAAUGCAAGUGAAAAAUUUAUUGAAAGUGUUUUGAAUGUGUAGGUUAUUAACUAUUUGUAAAACAUUUUUGUAUUUAUGUCAAUAGGGUUUUAUUGUGUAGUACCAAUACACUUGACAAGUUUUGUGUAUUUCUGAGAGAAGAAAA